GUCGAUACAUCCAGUAUGUCCCGGGAGCAGCUGGAACAGUUCGCGCUCAAGCUCCGCAAUGAGAUGGAGCGUGAGCGAGAGGAGCGCAACUUCUUUCAGCUCGAACGUGACAAGUUGCGAACAUACUGGGAAAUUACACGCAAACAGCUGGAAGAAGCGAAAGCUGUCAUCCGCGGUAAGGAGCGUGAUGUCGAGGUAGCCCAAGAGUUGGCCGAUCAGGACACCAAGAAUGUGAUGCAGGAGAUGAAACAUCUGCAGUACGAACAUCAGUCCCACAUUGGAGAGCUACGUGCGGAAAUGAUGACGCAGCUCAAGAUGGCUCAGGAAGAUCAUACGCUACAGGAGCGAGAACUGCUGAACGACAAGCGUGACCUGAAGCGAUUGUUGCGUGAGAAGGAAGAAAAUACUGAGCUAGAGAUACAGCAGCUAAAAUUAAAGCACAGUGAGCUGUUGAGUGUAGAGCGUGCCAAGUUUCAGGAAGAAAUCGAAGCCAUGACGAAGCUGUUUGAGCAGCGUCUCGGAAGCUACAAAGAGGAGGCUGAGGUACGCCACGAAAUGGAACUAUCGGAGGUGGAGGAGCGUAAGAAUGGGCAGAUCGCUGAGCUGAUCAGUACGAACGAGCAGGCAUAUCGGGAAAUGAAGAGCUAUUACAAUGCAAUCACCCAGAACAAUUUGGCACUGAUCAACAGUAUGAAAGAGGAAAUGGAGGAGAUGCGUCUACAGUCGGAUAAGGAUCUCAAGAGCUUCAGUGAGGUAAUGGCGGAGAAUAAGCGACUGACCGAGCCACUCAAGAGUUCCCAGGCCGAGCUGGUGGAGUUGCGCAAGAAGCUGCAGUACUACGAUCGGGAUAAGGCCACACUGAACCGGGUGAAGACACGCUUGAAUAGCACCCAAAAGCAGCUGUCCAGCUUGAAGUUGGAGCAGGACGUGUUGCAGAUGCGCUGUGAGAUGCUGGUAGAAGAGAGGGAUCAGUUGAAGCGAUUGUUUGAAAAAUCGAUGCUAGAAUUGCAGCAGAAAUCGGGACUCAAAAACUCACUACUGGAACGCAAGCUGGAGUACAUCGAGAAGCAGACGGAGCAGCGUGAAGCCAUUCUUGGUGAAGUGCUAUCGUUGGCUGGCAUUGAACCUCAAUCGUUGAGUGUCCGAAUCGAGAAGCUACUGGUGCAGAAGAAUGACAAAAUUCAGGCACUACGGUACGACCUAGCUCGAGUGAGUAAGAUGUAUGAUGAUCUUCUGUCGCUAAUCGAGGGUAAGCUGGUAAAAUACGGCAUCACUCUGAAGGAUCUGGAACUAACGAACCUUCGGCAGGAAAAAUAG